UCUAUGUUAUUUCCUAUGUGCAACCAGCGCGAGUGACUGUAAGGAGCAGCAUGGUCUGGGUACUCGCAGUGGCGAUAUGUGUCGUGACCGGUGUCCAGGUUCAGGGGCAACUCAAUCCCCACAGACCAACGAGUGUGCAGGAACUUGGUUUUGGCUGUCUCCUGGAUAUGUGUAUAGCCGUUGAUUCCUCGCACAGUCUUGACAGCCAAGGUUUCCAGCAGGAACUCGACUUCCUGGAAAAGCUGGUCGACUUUAUAGACGGCAUGUCGGGCGAAGUGAAGGCACAUUAUGCUGCGGUGGUGUUCUCUACCAACGUCUCCGUACACUUUGACUUCUCUGAGACAAGGACGAAAGAGGAGAUCAAGGGAAAAUUGCAGCAGAUUCCUUACAUCCGGGGCCGCACUAACAUACCGGACGCCAUGGAGCAAUGCCGGAUGCUGCUCCAACGGUCGCCCAGUAAACGUUACGCUGACAUUGGAGCCUAUAUUGUAACACUGGUUCUCACUGACGGCGUGGCCAACGAAGGUAUCUUAACCCUCCGCCAGGCGGCAGGUAAUCUAAGACGAGACCAAGUGAAAACCAUUGCAGUCGGGGCGGGGCCAGGGGUGAACAUGACCGAACUAGGGGUCAUUGCUCAAGGUCGCCUUGAUCACGUGUUCCAGGCUGACAUCCCGCGGCUGCAUGAACUGGUGGAGGCCAUUGGGGCCACAGUCUGUGCAGGGAAGAAAGACACGUGUCAGUGGAGUAAGUGGGGAGAGUGUGAUGCGCCGUGUGGCGGAGGGAUACGUAUUCGUACGCGAGGAGAAGAAAGUCCCUGCUGUGAUGAGUGUUUAAGGAAGCUGGACGUCCAGUCGUGUAAUCGCCAUACAUGUCCAUAAGGAAGAACUAUCUACCGGACUUAUAAAGAUGUUUUAAGAAUAUUCUUCAGUGUUUAAAUCCAAACUCAUGGUUACUUGGAGUGUCCACCAUUUUAAUUUGACUUCAAUGGAAAAUUCGUAAAAAUCCAUUAGUCUGGUAGUUAUAAAUGUACAUGGAUUGUUGAAUUUAUCAUUCCACAGACAGUUUUAUCUAAAUAUUUUCUUAAAUUAGACGGUAAGAAAAUAUUUAGAUAAAAAGUCUGUGGGACGAUUAAUUCAACAAUCCAUCCGAUGGAAAGUGCCUGCUCUUGUUGUCACUUAUUAUGUGACAAGUUGUUUCGUCAGUGGCCGAUAACGUACUUAAAAUUAGAUUAAUUUGACACCAUUAAUACAUUUGUUGUAUUUCAGAUGGAUGUAAUGAACUGGAAUUAAUUCAGUACUGAUUGAAAGAAAUAAAAACGAAUAUGUCUAAACGCCAGCAAAUAUUGACACUGCUUACGACAAGAAAGAUAACGAUGGCGGCAUCGGGUGCAUUUCGGCGUUUCACACAUGUUAAUAAAA